CUUGGAGACACCGAUACCAGCUACCGACAAGUUUUGAGGCACCAAAUAUAUUUCCGAUAAUUCCAUACUAAUCUAAACUCCACACUGCAAACUCAAAGCUGCGAUUUGUGAACUACGACUAUUUCAGCGUAAUAACUAUUAGUUAAUUCAACAUGGGUGACUGGAACACAGUGACUAUUCUGAGGAAAAGGCCCCCAAAGCCAUCCACUAUGAAAUCUGAGCAGGCCAUUAACAAAGCAAGACGUGAAGGAGCUACAAUUGACACUCAAGUCAAAUGGGGUGCUGCUACAAAUAAACAUCAAGUUACAACAAAAAAUACGGCAAAGUUAGAUAGAGAAACUGAGGAAUUGAAGCAUGAAAAAGUCCCGAUAGAUUUAGGCCGUCUUAUACAGCAAGGACGUCUGGCUAAAGGGUUAUCUCAAAAGCAACUGGCAACGAAAAUAUUUGAAAAACCACAAGUAAUUCAAGAAUAUGAAGCUGGUCGUGGAAUACCGAAUCAGGUUAUUAUUUCCAAAAUCGAAAGGGCACUUGAGAUAAAAUUGAGAGGAAAAGAUCGUGGCAAACCGAUUCUACCCCCUAGUUCCAAGAAGUGACGAACUUGGGGGAGUAGAAAAAAACAAAUAGUCACUAAUUUCACAUUCAUAAAUAUUAUUGUUCUUGAUUAAAAGAAAUUUCUGUGACAGAGCCCAAUAUCUACCUUUGUGUUUAUUUUAAUACAUUUUAUGUUUUUAUCUAGCUUAAGGUUUAAAUAUAAAGAUGGUACACAGUUUUAAUUUUUCAUUAACCAAUUUUUUGUAAUAUUAAAUAUUGUUUUCUGUACAUUCAAAAUUGAACAUUUGAUAUAUUCAUACUUGAAAAAUUGUUCUUGGUAAUCUUAAUAUAUUUUUAAAAUCUUUCUUAACUCUAUCUAAUACUCGUAAAAUCUAUGAAUAAAUCACAAUUGUCAUACCUACUUGAGUUUUUUUUUUAAUUUUCUGCUCUUUUUAAUUAAUACUAUAUUAAUAUAAUUGUUAUAAUUAAAAAAAAAAUGAAAAAAUUGUCUGCCAUCCUGUUGUCAUUAAGUACAUAAAUUGGAGCAAAUGACAAAGAUUUGUACAGUACGCGUAAAAAUCACUACUCUACUUGUUAAAAGAUAUGUUCACUGAUUAAAAACAUACAACUUGAUUACAGUAAACUGUAAGAGUAAUCUUUUUGUCAAAAUUUUAAGAAAAUAUAUUUAACAUUUAAUUAUUAUGUA